UAAUUUCAGCGUUGUGAGGUGGGUGUUAUUGCUGCACCUACAUGCACGGGUGAUGCGUGUGUAACUUUCAACUGCAAGCUCUAACAUGUAUCUUCUUUUCUUUAAUCCCAAAGCGGCCUCCGGUUUACUUUCUCUUGGUUCUUCUUCUUCAUGUGACCCCAUCCAGGCAUAAAGCAAUGCCACCAUGCUUACACUUACAAUGUUACAGAGUUCUUUGCGUGAUUCCAGUUCUCCUCUUGUUGUUUUUUCAUACGCUUUUUACCCAUUUGUUCUUACUGCGUGCAUGGCUUUACCUUGGUGCAGCUGAUAGCUAGCUGCUUGAGGACACUGAGCCAGCUAGUUUCCAACUAGUCUUGGGGUCCAAUGAUUCUUGCCUAUAAUCAUCCAUCCAAGUGGAGAAAAAGGUGAAUCAACUCUGUUAGAUCCUGGGGAAUAGUUAUAUACUUAACAAAUACUAGAUACUCUAGAGUAAAAAGCUGGCUUAUGUGACUUUAGGCGUUUUAAAUUUGCCAUCCACACGACCACACAGUAGCUCAAGUUAACCACAGUCCACAGCUGUUUAUAUAGUAACACAGGGAGCUGGGAGGUAGAGAGAAGAGAAGAGCCUUCACUUUGGUUUCUCAGUGCAUUGCCUCUCUGUCUUGAGCCUCCAUGGCUGCCAUCAGAGAGGAAUCCGACUACGACAGCAGCCGGUCCUCGCUCACGGCGCCAGGCUCCCGCCGGAGCUGGAUCAGUGACAUUGGCAGCUCCAGCUCGGUCUCGGUGCGCUCCUUCGUCGGCGGAGGCGACGCACCAGCCGCGUCAUCCCGCCACAAGCCCCACAAGGCCAACCAGGCUGAAUGGGAGGCCAUCAGGCGCGUCCGCGCCGCAGCUGGCCGCGUCGGGCUGGAGCACUUCCGCCUGGUGCGGCGCCUGGGCAGCGGCGACCUCGGGAACGUCUACCUGUGCCAGCUGCGCGAGCCGUGGUCGACGGGGUGCCUGUACGCGAUGAAGGUGGUGGACAAGGACGCGCUGGCCUUCCGCAAGAAGCUGCGGCGGGCGGAGGUGGAGCGGGAGAUCCUGCGCACGCUCGACCACCCGUUCCUGCCGACAUUGUACGCGGACUUCGACGCCUCGCACUACGCCUGCCUCGUCAUGGAGUUCUGCCCCGGCGGGGACUUGCAUGUGGCCCGGCAGCGGCAGCGGGGCAGGCGGUUCAGCAUCUCCUCCGCGAGGUUCUAUGUGGCGGAGACGGUGCUGGCGCUGGAGUACCUGCAUAUGAUGGGGGUGGUGUACAGGGACCUCAAGCCGGAGAACGUCCUGGUGCGCGGUGACGGCCACAUCAUGCUCUCGGACUUUGACCUCUCCCUCAAGUGCGACGUCGUUCCGAGGCUGCUCCGUCACAACAGCCUCCCCCGCAAUGCCGGCCGAGCUGAUACUGGCAAGCCGUCCUGCGUCCCGCCAAUCCAGCCGGUGCUGUCGUGCUUCUUCAACGGCGUGCACAAGUGCCAUGUAAAGGACGGCACUCCAAAGCCCGGCGACGGCGAGGCGGACAGUGCCGACGGGUCGGAGCUCGACACCAACCCGGAGCUGGUGGUCGAGCCCGUCUCGGCGCGGUCCAAGUCAUUCGUGGGCACGCACGAGUACCUGGCGCCGGAGGUUAUCUCCGGGCAGGGCCACGGCAGCGCGGUGGACUGGUGGACCCUGGGGGUGUUCAUGUACGAGAUGAUCUACGGCCGGACACCGUUCAAGGGGGAGAACAACGAGAAGACCCUCGUCAACAUCGUCAAGCAGCCGCUGAGCUUCCCGCGGAUCACGGCGUCGAGCGGCAAGGAGUGGGACGAGCAGCUGCGAGCGCAGGACCUCAUGAGCCAGCUCCUGGUGAAGAACCCCAAGAAGAGGCUGGGCGGCUGCACGGGCUCGGCCGAGGUCAAGAGGCACGAGUUCUUCAAGGGCGUGAACUGGGCGCUCGUGAGGUCCGUCCGGCCGCCGGAGGUGCCGAAGCCACCGGUGCCGGUGCCAGCACAGAAGAAGGUGCUGAUGAUGAGCAAGAAGGAGAGGCAAGAGCCGUACAAUUACCGGCCCGACAACCGUUUCGAGUACUUUUAGUUGCAUGUAUCUUUGUUUGAAGAGCAGCAGAUUAGUGUAGGUGUAGUGUAUAUAGAUCAGUACCACACUCUUGGAGACCGGAGAAUCAAUCAGGCUGUGGAAGUCGUGUCCAUCUACCUAAUAAAUCGCUCCUCAAUUCGGCUAGCAUUUUGCUGUUAGUUAAUUUCGCUGACAAGAUGAUCGAUUUUCUUAGAAGAAUCCUGUUUGACAGUGUGAUGGCGGUACAGUGUACGAGGCUGCGUGUGUUUGCAGCACAAGUGU